CCCGUGCGCGCCUUCCUCUUCCUCCAGGGCCGUGACGCGGCGGCGGCGGCGGCAGCCCGGGCGGCGAACACUGACACACUCACACGCGCACUCCGGCCCCGACCUGCUCCGCAGCCCGACCGCCCGGCCAUGGCGGCUGUCACGCGCCUCUCCUCGAGUCUGCGGUUCUGCGCCUCCGCCCGCCGCUCCGAGGGCGUCUGGUCCAAGGGAUGUGUUUCCUACUUUUCAAUCAGCACACGUUGCCAUACUAAAUUUUAUACGGAUCCAGUGGAAGCUGUAAAAGACAUUCCUGAUGGUGCAAAGAUACUGGUUGGUGGUUUCGGGUUAUGUGGAAUUCCAGAGAAUCUUAUAGGAGCUUUGCUAAAGACUGGAGUGAAAGGACUGACUGCAGUCAGCAACAAUGCAGGGGUUGACAACUUUGGUUUGGGCCUUUUACUUAAAUCCAGGCAGAUAAAACGCAUGGUCUCUUCAUAUGUGGGAGAAAAUGCAGAAUUUGAACGACAGUACUUUUCUGGUGAAUUAGAAGUAGAGCUGACACCCCAGGGCACGCUUGCAGAGAGGAUUCGUGCAGGUGGGGCUGGAGUUCCCGCGUUUUACACCAGCACCGGGUAUGGGACCCUGGUGCAGGAAGGAGGGGUGCCCAUCAAAUACAACAAGGAUGGCAGCAUUGCCAUUGCCAGUAAGCCACGAGAGGUGAGGGAGUUUGAUGGUCAGCAUUUUAUUUUGGAGGAAGCAAUCACGGGGGAUUUUGCUUUGGUGAAAGCCUGGAAGGCAGACCGAGCAGGAAAUGUGAUUUUCAGGAAAAGUGCAAGGAAUUUCAACCUGCCGAUGUGCAAAGCUGCAGAAACCACAAUAGUGGAGGUUGAAGAAAUUGUGGAUAUUGGAUCAUUUGCCCCAGAAGACGUACAUAUUCCUAAGAUCUAUGUACAUCGCCUUAUAAAAGGAGAAAAAUAUGAGAAAAGAAUUGAGCGUCUAUCAAUCCGGAAAGAGGAAGAUGUAAAAACCAAAUCUGUUAAACCUGGAGAUAAUGUAAGGGAACGUAUCAUCAAGCGGGCAGCUCUUGAAUUUGAGGACGGCAUGUAUGCGAAUUUGGGCAUAGGGAUCCCGCUUCUGGCCAGCAACUUUAUCAGCCCAAAUAUGACUGUCCAUCUGCAAAGUGAAAAUGGAGUCCUGGGUUUGGGUCCAUACCCAUUACAAAAUGAAGUUGAUGCAGAUCUAAUCAAUGCAGGCAAGGAAACAGUUACUGUUCUUCCAGGAGCCUCUUAUUUCUCCAGCGAUGAAUCAUUUGCGAUGAUUAGAGGGGGACAUAUCAAUCUAACAAUGCUAGGUGCAAUGCAGGUUUCCAAAUAUGGUGACCUAGCUAACUGGAUGAUACCUAGGAAGAUGGUGAAGGGAAUGGGUGGUGCUAUGGAUCUGGUGUCCAGUGCCAAAACCAAAGUGGUGGUCACCAUGGAGCAUUCUGCCAAGGGAAAUGCACAUAAAAUCAUGGAGAAAUGUACAUUACCACUGACAGGAAAGCAAUGUGUCAACCGCAUCAUUACUGAAAAGGCUGUGUUUGAUGUGGACAGCAAGAAGGGGCUGACUCUGAUCGAACUCUGGGAAGGCCUGACAGUGGAUGAUAUAAAAAAGAGCACGGGAUGUGAUUUUGCCGUUUCACCAAAACUCAUGCCAAUGCGGCAGAUCACAACUUGAAAUGUGGAGUAGACGUUUGUCCCAAGCUGCAUGUUUUUCAUUUUAAUCACAUAGGAUUUUAUUGAAGGGACAUCAGUAAUCAUAACUGUAUAUCCAACAAGCAGCUGUUGACUGAUUUCUCCUAGCAUCUUACACUUUAUACAGCCAUAUAGACUCUGUCCUCUCAAGCGUACUGUGACAUUUUAAUGAAAAACAGAAAGAAAAAAUAUAUGUGAUUAUCUUAUUUGUUUUAUAAGUGCUGAGAAGGCUGUCUUUACAGUUGGUGCUCACACUGGGUUUCAUCUUCUGUGGUGUGUACAUUAAAUCGGGUGCAGCUUGUACUAGAAGGGGCCCUUAGGAAGAGUGUUACUGAUGUGCUUUGCCUCUUAACUAAAUCUUCACAUGUAGAAAAAAAAGAAUGAGGGAGGAAAAGAACUCCACCCAGAGUAUGCCCAAGGCAGCAUUGUACUAGUCCUGAAAGGUAACAUGUAUGUGAAUUUUAAUGAGGAGAAAUGCUGUCGUAAGGAUUAUGUUUUUCCUUGAGCCUCCUCUGUCUUUUCUUUUGGAGCCUCUGAUUUUGUGGUUUCAUUAUAUUUCACUAGACCAUCCCUUCUCCUUCCACACUUUUUAUAACUAAAUAGACGCCCAAGAAGGCAGCCAGAACUUCUCUGUAGGAGAAGUAAUCUAGUUUGUGGGAGAGACCAAAGGGUGAAGGGUCUGCUGGUGCUGACAUCCCACCAAGAAGUUGCCUUUAGAAACAAACCAACCGUCUGUGCUUUGCCAAAGAUUACAGUUUAUUGUAGGAAGAGGGCUACAAACCUAACUGAUCUCAUCAGUUUUCUCAUUUUCAAACAGUUCAGUAUCCCUGUGUGUCCAGAAGGAUCCUUAAGAGUCUUUCUCUGUGUUACUGUGUGCUUCUUGUGUAGUACCUCCUUUCACGCCAAGAGGGACUGUGGGGUAAUUCAUCAUGAACCAUAGGAACAAUGACAGGAGAGUUCAAAGAGUCUUUCUUCUCAGGCUUUCUUUUUUCUGCUCAGAAAAGGUUCUAAAUAUUGAAUGCCUUUUUCUACAGACAGCAUUCUGUCUUCUGCUCAGAUUUCUUCCUUGAACAAAGUACUUUUAAUUCAGCUUUACCAGACUAGGGAAUACGGUGAUAAGCAAAUCCAGGAUUUGAAGAGCAGUGGACUCAUUCUUAGAAAAUAAACAUGGCAGAUUAGGUUUUGUAAGGGACUUCUCCUCAGAGGUCCCCUCAGUGGGGAGUAUACCCAGCAUCUUGGUGACCAAAUGGAAGAAAACUUCGGUCACCCUGAAGACAGGCCAGAUUGCUGUCCUCUGGACAGGUAGUCAUGGUACAGUGCAAUAGAUCAUUCCUCUGGCACGAGACAUAGGAAUUUAUGCAUAUUUUUCAGUGAUGGUUGUCGCUGAAAUUCACUUUCUCUUCAGGUACAGCUACAGUUCUGUCAUACGAGAGGAAGGAGAGGGCCUUUUGGUGAGACGCACACUCCAUAUAUAUAAAAUAGUCUUUCUGACUGGCUGGGUUGUUGAAAGCAUGCUUUCCCAGUACUGGGAAAAUGGACUUUUUAAAGGAUUUGUGAGGUCUGGAGAAUAAUACAGAUCCAUGUUAGCGUUGUGGUUUGGAAAAUGUAUAUUGUUGAUGGUCGCUGUAUUGGCUAACUUACUUGUGUAUCACUCUGUGAGUCUGAGACUGUUUCUCACUUUGAGUGGCAGAUCCUAAGCAGAUGACUUUAUAUUCUUGAUUAAAGGUACUAUGUAUGUUCAGAAAUGUGUUAAGAAAUACAAUAAAUAUUCCAAGUUGAUACAGA